AUGGUUUCAGAUGAUGAGAAGUUCGUGGUCAGUGGAAUAAACGUUCUUCAGACUAAAAUCUCGGGCAUAGAUAAUCCAGGGUCGAACUAUAAUGGUUUCAACCCUUCCAUCACAGCCUUAUCUAAAGGCUACCAAAAAGACACGUCUCGCCGUAAAUUCCCAGUUGAGACUAUCUGGGAGAGAGAUAUGGAGAUUCCGAUGAGAGACGGAAUCAUCCUUCGCGCUGAUGUCUUUCGACCCGCCGGGGUUUCGAAGGUCCCUGCGAUCGUUGCUUGGAGCCCAUAUGGCAAGUCGGGAACUGGUCCUGUUAGCCUAGACAUUGUCCCUGGCCGGGUCGGUAUUCCGUUUCAAAUGACCUCUGGGUUCGAGGACUUUGAGGGUCCAGAUCCAGCCGAAUGGACCGCGCAUGGUUAUGCAGUCGUCAAUAUUGAUGCAAGAGGGGUCUUCAAAUCCCAAGGUAACUUGAGGUGGACUGGGACAGCGGAGGGUAGGGACGGCCAUGAUGCAGUCGAGUACUUGGCCACCCUUCCCUGGUGCAAUAAGCAUAUUGCUUUGAUGGGGAACUCCUGGCUUGCCAUGGCUCAAUGGUUUAUCGCAGCAGAAAAACCUCCACACUUGAGUUGUAUUCUUCCCUUAGAGGGAUGUUCCGAUCUCUAUCGCGAGUCCUUGUGCCGAGGCGGUGUGCCCUAUCUACCGUUUUGGCGUUGGUGGAGGGAUCGAGCAGUCUAUGGCGAGAACUUCGAGGAAGAUCCCAUCGCCAUGCUGGAGAAAUAUCCCUUGAUGAAUGACUACUGGGAAGACAAACGUGCGAGGCCCGAGCUCAUCAACGUCCCAACUUAUGUUCUCGCCAGUAUGUCUACUGGUCUACAUACCGUGGGCUCCACUCGCUGCUUUGAGGAUAUUCCCCAUGAUCGGAAAUGGCUCCGGUUCCAUCCUACCCAAGAGUGGCAUGAUCUUUACCAACCAGAAACAAUCAAAGAUAUCAAGAAAUUCUUGGAUUUUUACACAAGAGGUAUUCGGAACGACUGGGAACAGACAGCAAGAGUGCGUAUCUCAGCUGUUAGGUAUAAUCAGCCCCCAACCAAGUAUUAUUCUUUUUCCACCUGGCCAGUUCCAGACACCCGAGAAAGAACAUUAUGGCUUUCACAUAAGUCGCAGCUCCAGUCUACUAAAGAAGCAGUAUACAACGGUCAAGUCUCGUAUCAAUCUGAUGUCUUCGCUGAGCAGGUCGAUAAUGACCCAGGAUAUAUCGAAUUCGAGUACACUUUCAGUGAAACACAAACGUUGAUUGGGCCUUCGAGAGCAAUCCUUUUCAUGUCUUGCCCAGACCAUAAUGAUAUGGAUAUCUUCGUUAUCAUACGCAAGGCUGAUAAGAGCGGCAAGAUUCUUCGCAAUGUUAAUAUUCCACUGGCGGAGCUCGGACUUAAGACCGAAGAUGAGGUCGAGAACUUGAAUACCCUCAAGUACAUCGGCCCGUCCGGCAUUUUACGUGCCAGUCAUCGUGCGAUUGACGAGAAACUGUCGAAGCCACAUUGGCCAGCCCAUGAUCAUACACGCGAAGACAAGAUCCCACCAGGUCUUGUUGUUGAAGUGGAAAUUGGGAUCUGGGCAGCGGCGAUUCAAUUUGAAGCUGGGGAAAAGCUGAUAUUCAGGAUAGCUGGACAUCAGAUGACGUUGGCAGAGUUUCCACCUCUUAGGGGAGGGUUUCAGGCGGCUAACAAAGGUAGGCAUAUCUUGCACUACGGGGGUCAGUAUGGGAGUCGACUCAUCCUGCCCUUCGUGCAACUAUAG